GCAGAUGAGUUGCGCUGAUUUGCCUCGAGGGACUCGGUCGGUCUGGGUCUACCCUCUGCGAUGCUAUUGGUAGCCUGGCACGCGACUUGCGACUUGGGGUGCAGGAUAUAGGACGGUCGGGGGUGCCGGACGACCACGUUUCCCUUUAAAAGUCACAACAGGUAGCACGCAGGAUUCAAUGUUGUCCGUAAUCCUGCGAUUAUUGGAUGUUCUUUUUCGGAACCUGUCGCGACCUCUCGCCCUGUUCGACAUAUACACAACACGUACUUGCGGUACAAAGAUAUAAUACACGUGGUGCGUCGAAGAACUCGUGAGAAAUAUUCGAAAAAGUGCGUGCGAAAAAAUAACAGAACAUCAAUCAAUUACUUAUCGUUAUCGGCAAUGGAAUUGAGUAAUCGAGACGAAAACGCAAGUACUGCCUACACGACAUACGUUUACAUGCUGAACGUGCCGCAUUUUCAACAAAAUUCGUUUCAAAACGAAUGGCCAAGCAAUGGUACCAACAGUUCCCGAUCGAUCUACGACAGUUUGUCGGACGGCUAUCAAAGCUCCAGUCCCGAACCUGUGGGAGGAAGUUUGCGUGGUAAAAAUCAAGUGUCACCUAUGGUUUUAAAGAAACGAAGACUGGCCGCAAACGCGAGAGAAAGACGACGAAUGCAACAUCUCAAUCAAGCCUUCGAUAGAUUAAGGACCUUCCUGCCUCAGCUAGGACACGACAGGCAAUUGUCGAAAUACGAAACGCUUCAAAUGGCCCAAUCCUACAUAGCAGCUCUAUACGAUCUCCUCGAACAGCAACCCUCGACUUCUUAAAUAUUAUUUAAGGAUUUAGGUACCCGUACGAAAAAGUAUUAUUUUUAUUAUGUUUUUGUCGUAUUUAGUAACCAAAGACAGAUCGUUAAGUGCAGUAAGGCAAAUAAAUACAAUAAUAUGGUACAGAUUUUCCAUUCAAAAUAUAACGUAAUUUUUGGCACUUCGUGGUUGAUCUACUCACCCAAAACGCUAGGACAAUUAAAAAGCUGAACCAAAAAAGUUUAAAUUCUUAACUGUUAAAAAACUUUUCUUUAAAUAUUAUUA